AUGUCCCUGUGCGUGGCGCUUUGCCUAUCCCUUUUGCUGCUGGGAGCGGCGGUGCCGGGAAGUGGCAAGGAGCUGGCGCCGCUGAGGGAGGUGUUUCCGUCGCACGGAAAGACCUUUGUCGAUCUCAGGGUUCGCGCGGCGCAGGUGUCCGUCCCGCUGCGUGGCUACGGCGAAGGGGCGGUGUUCGUUUACGCUGGGCGUCUGUACUUUUACGAUGCCGCGGCCUCCCUUCCAGGCCCUGCGGUCCACGUCAAGCCUGGGGGGAAGCUGGUCAUGCGUAUGUUCAACGAUCUAGGCAAGCAGACGUAUGCGCACGGUGAGGAUCAGUUGUACAAGUUCCACGAGGUGAAUACCACAAACGUCCAUUUUCACGGUGUGCACGGCGACCCAAACGUUGACGACGUCUUCAAGACUGCCGCUCCCGGGGGGGUUAUGAAGUAUGAAUUGAGCAUACCGAAGCAACACCUUCCUGGGUUGCACUGGUACCACACGCACGCCCACGGCUCUGCCUACCCGCUACUAAUGGGAGGGCUGUUUGGACCGUUUAUCAUUGACGCAACGACCGAGGACCCGCUGGCCUCGCUGCACUCAGUCGUCUUAAUGCUGCAUUUGUAUCGGUUGGGCAACUCGACGCUCUGUGAUGGAAUGACCAUGAAGGAGGUGGACACCGCCAUUGGUACAAACAUGUCAUCGAGACCCCGCAUUGUGAGCAAAAGUGGGAAGGAACUGCCGCUGCCUUCGGACUUGUUUCUCGUCAAUGGGCAACACAAGCCGACGAUAAAGGUAAAACGCGACGAGCCCACGCUUCUUCGCUUAGCUUUUGCAGCUGGGUCGUGCCAUCUGAACAUUAGUUUUCCAAAAGAGUGCCGUAUCCACAUUGCGGCCAUCGAUGGCGUACCCCUCAAAUGUACGCGCGAGGUGAAGGGGAAUUGGCUGUACUUCACAACUGCCACCCGUUACGAUGUCGUGACAAUAUGUGGAAAGAAUGGAAAAGGGGACCUUCCCGUCAUGAUAGGGAAGUUAGAGGAACCCAUAUUCUAUAUCGGUCUCGAUCCGAUUUCACUGAAGCGAGAACGGCAUCAACGCCAGCGUCAUCGUCCCGACAGGCUGAUGUUUCCUCUCUGUUUUAGAUCUAGGGAAAUAGAUUACUUGACUGCGAACAAACCAACAGUUUGGCGGGAUAUUUCCUUUUCGCAGUCAUGGAUUCCGGCCCCAAGACCCUACUACGGCAUUGGGUACGGCACGGACUGCUCGCCGAGUGCCAAUUCAACGACCUGCUUUCGUGAACAUUUUUCAGGCAGAAAGGGAGAGCUACGUGAGAAUUACCACGGAUUUGCCGUGCCCCUUGGUGCGACGGUUGAGGCCCGCGUGUUUGGGGAUCCCACAGACGUGGUGCCACAUCCACUGCACUUGCACGUGAACCAUUUCGUCUUUGUGAGUUUCACUCCUCGCAAAGGAGGACUGCACGAGAAUUUUUCAAUUGCUGACUUUGGGGUUCUCCCUGGGGAUGUACGUGACACAAUUCCCAUCUUUGAUGGUGAAACAAUUAUCCGUUGGCGUGCCGCAACUUUCACGGGUGAGGUGGUGUACCAUUGCCACACCCUAACCCACGAGGACCGGGGAAUGAUGACUUCCUACCUCGUCUACGCCGACACGGGCGGAAAAUCUACUGUAGAGCCUGACGUUGCCGCAGAUGAAAGCGUGGCGAAAAAAGACACAGACCGGCGUUUUUUCCUCGUGCUCGCCAUUGUGUUUCUCACUUGUUCCCUGCUGUGUGCUCUCUGUACGUGGCUGCGCGCCAAUCCACCGCGACCUGAUAAGUUGGCGUGCAAGUACAAGGAACUGCUUCGAUCUCCGCCGUACCAAUUUGGCGAGGGGGAUCAGAGAGAACGUCAGCCCCUGAGGGCGAGUGGCUCGCCGUGA